CUGCCAAGCGAUCAGGACCUGCUGGGGCUAGUCAAUCAGUUCUUUGCUACCGUUGGCAUAGUCCUCCCUUACGUGGACAAAUCUUUUCUACUACACGACGGCACUCAGUUGGGACAGAGGGCGAUCUGGCAAAGUUCGAAGCCAGGAAGAGCACUCUUGAACAUCAUUUGCGCUCAUGCUGCCUUCACACUACGCUCUACGAAUGCCGAGGUGUUCUAUCGCCGUACCCUAUUAAUUCUCGACGAGCUUACCCUUCGCGGAUCGAGUCUGGAGCUCGUGCAAGCACUUCUCCUGUUAUGCUGCUUUCAACAAAACACCCAACGUUCCAUCGCAAGCUGGACAUACCAUGCAGUUGCUGUAAAAGCCGCACUUCAGCUUGGAUUGCACUCACCGGCGCCAUACGACGAGCAUGGGAUGCAGAAACGUGAGCUCCUCAAACGGCUCUGGUUUGGCGUAAUAAUCCAGGACAGGUGG